AUGGAGACGGAGGACUACUUCAAGCGGGAGCUUGGCUCGUGGCACAAUCAGCAGAGGGUUCUGCGGUACGGCCUGCUUGCAGGCGCGGAUGCGCUCGUGAGGCUACAGCGAUUGGGUCGCGAUGAGCUUGCCACACUGCAGAGUCGGUGUGCGUGGUACUGGAGGAGCAGGACGUGGUGGUCCUGGACAGCUGGCGACAUUGAGCUGGUGGACAGCUUGUUGAGUUUCCUGGACGAGGAACUAUCCCUGUGCUUGGUCCACGGAGGGUCUAUUGUUACCGGGGAGCAACCGAGACGGAGUUCGUAUUCGCUGAUGACACUGGUGUUGACCGCCCUGAGCGGCAUACUCCCGCGCCAACCGGAGGGGGUUGCUGGAAGCAUUGGGCGUAGCACUCUGCCCGGGGGCAUGAGAGAGGACCCGUUUGUGGUGCCGGACUCGGAGAAGGAAUCCCCGCUGUCGAGCCGGGAAGGCGAGAUGACUGAUUGUAGCUGA